AUGAUAAUGAAUGAACGACGUGAUUAUUCGAAUUUAGGAUCAAAUCCCGGUUCAAGCAUUUCCGAAUCUGAUCAAUCUCAUCUAGUUACUACUGUUUCGCUCAGUUCUGCUACUUCGGAAGAGAAUGGUGAACAGGAUGCUGAUAACGAGAUAAAAAAUCAAACUGACUCUGAUGAUAAUUGUCAACUGUUGAAUGCUAAACAAUUUUCUAUUGAGAUUUAUUCUGUAUUAAAGGAUACUGUUGAUAAAUUUCAGUUAGCAUUUUCUGACUUACAAUCGUCACAAAAACAAUUACAAGAUCAAUUGAUUGCGUUAGAUCAAGCACUUGGUCGAUUAGCUAAAGCUCAAGAUAGUCCUUUGAAUCUAGAACCAUUUGUGUUGGUACUACAAGAAUAUAAACAACGAAUAUUAAAAGUACAUAAUUCUUUACGUAUUUCACAGGAUAGAGUUAUACGUAUUCGUCAAAAUCUUCAGGCAAAGAAAAUCACUUCCUCAAAAUAA